UUCCUGGAGAGACCUCAGCCUGCUGGGACGGACUCGGACAGGAGAUUUUCCAUUGAUUUCACAGAGCCUUAGAUCAGGCCCUGUGAGCCUGUCCCAGGGAGCAUCCCCCUCGCGCUCACACAUCCCUGCUCCCGAGUAGCAGCAGGGACGUCAGUUGGAGAAGCACAAAUAAAGCUGGGGGGGAGGCGUGGGGCGUCUCGCCCCUGUCCAUUACAGGCUGGGAACAAUAGCCCGUGUGGAAACGGCAGCCGUGUUGUGCCAGCGCAUCCGGAGAGGCAGGAAGGAGCCAGGCAGGAGGAAAUAUUAAAUAGAGCAAUAUAAACACUCGGCUGGGGGGAUUAAGGGGCGGACGCGCCCCGCCCCACCACCAUUGCCAGUGAAAGCGGGGCCAGAGAGCUGCGCGGCGGCAGUGAGCCUGCAACAUGGACAAGAACGCCUAUGCCAUGGCCAAGUUCGGCCUGGAGUCCAGGGACAACCUGCUCCCCAAGCGGGACUGUGGCUUCUACAUGAAAUACAUCUUCCUAUUCACCUCGGUCAUCCAGCUCCUCAUUAUCCUGGGGCUGGUUCUCUUCAUGAUCUACGGCAACACCCAAGCCAGCACCGACACCCACCUGCGACACCUGGAGGAGCAGGUCCAGGAGUUCUACAACAAGAUGACGCUGCUCAACGCCAAGAACAAAAACCUCACCCAGCAGCUCAACGCCACCAGCAAGGAGAAGCUCGGCUGCUCCCAGCAGCUGACGGCAACCCAGAAAGAGCUGGAGAAAUGCAAUUCCAGCCUGCGGGCCUGCAUCGCCUAUCAGGCCCAGUGCCAGAAUAUCUUGAUCUACGCUGAGUACAACAAGGUGAUGGCGGAGCAAUGCUACAGGAACAUGAACAUCCUGAAUAUCACCUGCUACGCCGAGAAGCUGAGCCUGCGGGAGGCCCGGGACCGGCUGGUGCGGGAGGCCCAGCAGCAGCAGGAGAACUGCUCGCAGGUGACGGAGAAGCUGAAGCAGGCGGCCAGCACCGCCAACGGUGAGCGGGAGCUCUGCCGGCAGGAGAGCAUCAGCCUGCGGGCACAGUACAGCGGGCAGAGCCAGGGGCAGAAACAGUGCUGCAGCCUGGGGGACAAGAUGCUGGGCGAGUUCCAGACCAUCCGGCAGGCCAUCCAGGAGAAAGUGGGGACCCUCUCGUUCUACCAGUCCAGCAGCUGCACCUCUCUGACCCAGCAGGUGAACGCCCAGCUGAAGACGCUGGGGGACAAGCUGCAGCACGAGCUGCAGGCCCAGGCGCAGGAGAACGGGCGGCUGCACGGCGAGAAGCUGCUCAGCGAGGUGAACCUGCAGGAGUGCGAGCAGCAGCGCAACAGGGAGACUCAGCAGCACCAGCACCAGCUGCAGGCCCUGCAGGCCGCCUGCGACGCCGAGGCCAAGCGCAGCUACCAGGAGAAGCAGACGCUGACGGAGGAGAAGGGGCGCCUGAGCCAGCAGCUGCAGGAGAACAAGCAGCUUCUUGCCCAGGCUGAGAACACGAAGGCCCAACUGGAGAGCUGCAGGAAGGCAAAGGGCAGCGCUUUCAACCCAGGCCUGAGAAAUCCUGGCAACCCCGGCACCUUUGGGAACCCUGGGACCUUCGGCAACCCCGGCACCUUUGGGAACCCCAGCACCUUUGGGAACCCUGGGACCUUCGGCAACCCCGGCACCUUUGGGAACCCAGGGACACUGGGGAAUCCCGGGACAUUCGGGAACACUGACAGCACCAGCCUGGAUGAAAUUGGAAAGCGAAUCCUGGAGGCCAAGCUGCCCAACCAGUUCCCCCUCAAACCUGUGGCGCAGCCUAGCGGCUAACCAGGGAGCGAGGCCAUGGUGAGCAGAGGCUGGGAGCUGAGCUGGAGCGAAGGGGAGGAAACGCGACUUGAUUGGCAAGAAACUUAGGAGACUGAACUGAUGCCCAGCCUGAAAUCGCCAUCUCACUCAGACAGAGACAGGCACGCCUGGGCAGAGACUUCCAGACAGGCGCGCACACGUACAUGUGAAUCCCCCACACACACACACACCCAGCUGAAAUCCGUCUUAUAUCCCCCUCCCCCAGCUCCCAUCUCUCACUCACACACUUGGCCAGACUCUCGGAUCACCCAGCUCAUGCUCACCCCAGGUGCACACGUCCACUGGGCCU